AUGGAAAUACCAAGGGUUGAUAAGAUCAUGACCUCACAAGAAAGCAAGGAUGGAGUUAUCAAAGGAGGAUACUCACAUCCUAUUCCUCUAGAGCUUCUGUUCAUUAUUUUCUUAAGAUUACCUGCCAAAACCUUAGCGAGAUGUGUCUGUGUAUCAAAGCUUUGGGCCUCCAUAAUCCGCAGUCAAGAUUUCAUCAUAUCUUUCCAAUCUCAGUCACGCAUCCUCUUCUUUAUAAGGGAUUAUUACCAAACAAGAUUCGAGAACCGGUUCUUCUUGUCAAACCAACAAGAAGGAACAUCAUCUCUUCUUUCACGCACCACAUGUCACGUCUCUGAUUCAAGAUCCAGAUGUCGCCAGCCUCAAGAAGUCAACGGCUUGAUAUGUUGUGGAUACGGUACGAGUCCAGUGAUUUAUAACCCCACCUCAGGAAAAUCACUAACCUUACCAAGAAUCUACCUCGGCCAAAACGUUGGACCGUACGUUGAAAACAUUCUUGGAUACGAUCCAAUCAACGAGGAGUAUAAGGUAUUGUCCAUGACUCCGUUACCUGGUAACCAUAGUGGUGAUAGCAUAAUACCAUAUAAGGAACACAAAGUGUUUACGUUGGGAUCUAAAAGUUCAUGGAGAACGGUCGAGUGUAACACGAUUCAUUGUCCUGGAACUAUUAGUGUAUGUAUCAACGGGGUUGUGUAUUACGGUGCUUACGUAGGAGAUGGUAUGAAGCAACGUAGCUUAGUGAGAUUUGACGUGAGGACUGAAAAGUUCGGUUUUACGAAAAUGCCAGAGUCUGUCCAAACGCUAAGUUAUUAUUCAUCAACUCUAAUGAACUACAAUGGAAAAAUAGCCUUAGCUUAUUCAAAAGGUUAUGAUACAUAUGAGUUGUGGGUUUUGGAAGAUGAAUGGUCUAAGAUGUGUUUUUCCACAAGGUCAUGGACACAACCUUGUAUUAAAUUUAACGUUGAGGGGAUUACUAGAAUGGGUGAGAUUAUUUUGACGCCGAGGUAUGGGGGUGAGUUCUAUGUUGUCUAUUACAAUCUAGUGACGAAACAAUUUAGAAAAAUUGAUAUUGAAGGAUAUAAAAGUCCUGGUGGAGUAGUUGUUUCAUGGGAGUAUGUUGAAGCUAGUACCAUGCUUUUGUAA